CUCUCUCUGACACCCAAAUAAACGCUAAAUCCAACCAUGUUUGUUCUCUAGCUCAUACUGAAAAGCUUUGAUCUUUGUUUCGCCCCAGUAUUACGAUGAAACAUCUGAACAAUCCGAAACUUCUUCUCGUAUUGUCUAUCUUCUUGUCUUGCUCUUGGGUUUCUCUUGUUCUGGGUUCUCUCGCCGGAGACUCCGAAAUCCUUAUCCGGGUCAAGAACGCCCAGCUCGAAGACCCGAAUGGGAAUCUCAGCGACUGGGUCCCAAACGCCUACCGCAAUCCCUGCAACUGGACGGGAAUUACCUGCGACCGUAAAAAGCUCGAAGUUGUUUCGCUGAAUAUAUCCGGGUACGACAUUCGGGGCGGGUUUCCGUCCGGGUUCUGUCGGGUUCGGACCCUCCGACACCUUACUCUUUCUAGCAAUUUCAUCAACGGGACGCUCUCGUCGGAGGCUCUCUCGUUGUGCACUCACCUCCGAUUGCUCGACAUCUCCAGCAACGUGCUCGUUGGGAAGUUGCCGGAAUUAUCGCCGGAGUUCAACGAGUUGGAGUAUCUGGACCUGUCGUAUAACAACUUCUCCGGCGGUUUCCCGGCGAGUUUUGGGAAGUUACCGGCUCUGAAGGUUUUAACUCUGACCUCGAACUUGCUCACCGGUCCGAUUCCUUCGUUCAUUGGCAAUCUCAGUGAGUUGACUCACUUGUCACUCGGUUACAAUCCUCUGAACCAGUGUCGUCUGCCGCCGGAGAUCGGAAACCUGACGAAGCUCGAGAAUAUUGUCAUUUCGAACUCUGGCCUCGUCGGAACUAUACCGGAGACGAUCGGGAACCUAAUUUCGCUCAAGAACCUGGAUUUCUCUAACAAUCGCUUGCAUGGAGAAAUUCCUGAUAGAAUUGGAGAAUUGAGAAGCGUAGAGCAAAUCGAGCUUUAUGAUAAUUUCUUGUCCGGAGAAUUGCCCGAGAGUUUAGCCAAUUUGAGCAAUCUGUUUAAUCUGGAUCUCUCUCAGAACGCACUCACCGGAAACUUGCCGGGAAAGGUCGCCGGGCUCGGCUUGGGGUCUCUGAAUCUCAACGAUAAUUUCUUCGAAGGUGAACUUCCGAAGAGUUUAGCUUCCAACCCUUAUCUUUACCAGCUCAAGAUCUUCAACAACAGCUUCUCCGGAAAAUUGCCGGCGAAUCUCGGCCUGAAUUCCUCCUUGGUAGAUUUCGAUGUUUCGACGAACAAGUUUUCCGGCGAGUUGCCGAAGAACCUCUGUUACAGAAAGAACCUUUCGACCCUCAUCACGUUCUCGAACCACUUGUCGGGGACUUUGCCGAGUUCUUUAAGCGAAUGCACUUCUUUAACUUACAUCCGAAUCGAAAAGAAUGAAUAUUCCGGCAAAAUACCCGACGGAGUUUGGAGUCUUCCUUUACUUUACCAUCUCCAAAUGGAAAACAACAGAUUCGGAGACUCAAUUUCGCCUUCCAUCUCAAACGCGAGCGAGAUGACUACGCUUCAGAUAUCCAACAACAUCUUCUCCGGCGAUUUACCGACGGCCAUUUGCAAAUUAACCGAACUCGUCACUCUCGACCUCGGAGAGAACCAGUUCUCAGGCGACAUACCUGUCUGUAUCACCGAUCUCAAAAAGCUGCAGAAGCUCAGAAUCCAAGAGAACGAGUUCUCAGGCAGAAUUCCAAACUCAGUGAGUUCGUGGACCGAUUUGGUGGAACUAAACAUCUCGAGAAACCAACUCACCGGCGAAAUUCCCUCCGAGCUCGGCGGCUUACCGGUUUUGAACUAUCUCGACCUCUCCGGCAACCUGCUGACCGGAGAAAUCCCGCCGGAGCUGACCAAGCUUAAGCUCAACGAAUUCAACCUCUCAAACAACAAGCUCAACGGCAAAAUCCCCUCCGGUUUCACCCACGGUCAGUACGUCUCCGCUCUUCUCGGAAACCCUCAUCUCUGCAGCCCUAAUCUGAAACCUUUCCCUUCCUGCUCCAAACCAAAACCCGCCGCACUAUACGCCGUCGUUCUGCUCUCCAUCUGCGCCGCUCUCCUCCUCUUCUCUCUCCUCUGGUACCUCCGACGAAAAUCCCAACUCUUCAGUGCCAAACCCAGGAAGAAGCUCUGCAAGGUCACCACAUUCCAGCGGGUCGGGUUCCACGAAGACGAUGUCAUAGGGCCCUUAACGGACGAGAAGCUAAUCGGGUCGGGCGGUUCGGGUCAGGUAUACAAGCUGCGGCUGAAAACGGGUCAGACAGUGGCGGUUAAAAAGCUCUACGGAGGAGAGAGGAGGAUCGAGACCGAUCCGAUAUUUGAAUCCGAAGUUGAGACUUUGGGUCGGAUCCGGCAUGGCAAUAUCGUAAAAUUGCUCUUCAGUUGCAGCGGCGAGGACAGUAGGAUUUUGGGAUACGAGUAUAUGGAGAACGGGAGUUUGGGUGACGUGUUGCACGGGGAGAAGGGUGAGUGCGCAGGUUUGCUGGACUGGCCCCUCCGGCUCACGAUAGCGGUGGGCGCCGCUCAGGGAUUGGCGUACCUGCACCACGACUGCGAUCCGGCUAUCGUGCACCGGGACGUGAAGAGUAACAACAUUCUGUUGGACGAAGAGUUCAGGCCCCGCGUGGCGGAUUUCGGAUUGGCUAAGAGUCUGCGUCGCCACGUGGAUGAUGACGUGGAGGGAAAUGCCGGUGCCAUGUCACGCAUCGCUGGGUCUUAUGGCUAUAUUGCGCCGGAAUAUGCGUACACAUUGAAAGUGAACGAGAAGAGCGACGUGUAUAGCUUUGGCGUGGUGCUCUUGGAAUUAAUAACCGGAAAGAGGCCAAACGACUCUUUCUUUGGCGAGAACAAGGACGUAGUGAAGUGGGUCACGGAGGCUGCUUUAUCACCACCACAUGAAGGAGAAGAAAGCAAUGGCAAUGGUGGCUUGGGAAGUCGUUGGAGAGAUUUGGACCAGCUUGUUGACAAAAGGAUGAACCCAUCUGCAUGUGAUUAUGAAGAGAUUGAGAAGGUUUUAAAUGUGGCUCUCAUGUGUACCUCCAAGAUUCCCCUCAAUAGACCCUCCAUGAGAAGGGUGGUUGAGUUGCUCAAGGACCAGAAAUUCCCUCGUCCCAAAUUGGUGUACUAAAUAGAAGUCUCCAUUGGAAGUUUCUUUUACAUUACUUCCAAUUAUUAUAAAAAAAAAAAAAAAAAAGAGGGGGAGUUUCUUUUUUUAGUAAUACAGAAAGAAGGGUAUAUUGCUUUUGAAA